AGCAAAAACCUAGUCAUGUAAAAGGACAGACCCACAAAAAAACACAGGAAUUUCAGAAAUCUUGUUGAACAAUGGCACCGGUUGAUCCUCACUCGUUCACCGACUCAACUCACCCACCAACCACCCACAUUUCCCUGACUCUGUACUUGGAUUUCUCCUCCUCCACCAUCCACGCCUCCGCACUCUUCACUCUCCAAAACCCUCACUCCGGCCCAUUCUUCCUCGACACUCGCUCCCUCUCCAUCCACUCCAUCAUCGACCCUCAAACCAAAACCCCACUCCCCUUUUCCCUCUCCGUCAACGACCCUAUCAAGGGCUCCCUCCUCUCCGUCACUCUCUCAAACCACGCAUCAUUUCUCGUCACUUUCACCACCUCCCCUUCUUCCUCUGCUCUUCAAUGGCUUCAACCGCCGCAAACAUUCAAAAAGGCGCAACCAUUUGUCUACACUCAGUGCCAAGCCAUUCACGCGCGCUCUGUUUUCCCAUGCCAGGACACCCCAGCUGUCAGAAUCCGCUACUCGGCGCGUUUGAACAUCCCUGAGGAGCUUUCAGCAGUUAUGGCGGCGAAACACGUGGCGCGUCGUUCUCCGGUUGAUGGUGAUGCUCUGUUUUUGCCUUGUGGGGACAACAACAGCAACAGCAAGUUCUCUUGGUGUGCACGGGGGAGGGUGGUGGAGGAGUUUGUGAUGGAGCAGCCUGUGCCACCUUACCUUUUCGCGUUUGCGGUUGGGGAGCUUGAUAAUCGUGAGGUGGGGCCGAGGACGAGGGUGUAUGCUGAGGCUGUGCCACAUGUGUUGGAUUCUGCUGGUAGAGAGUUUGCAGGUUCAGAGGACAUGAUAAGGGAAGGAGAAAGGUUGUUUGGACCCUAUGAGUGGGAGAGGUUUGAUUUGUUGGUUUUGCCACCUAGUUUUCCUUAUGGGGGCAUGGAGAAUCCAAGGAUGGUGUUCUUGACUCCAACAGUCAUCAAGGGGGAUGCAACUGGUGCACAGGUGGUGGCUCAUGAGCUUGCUCACAGUUGGACUGGGAAUUUGAUCACUAACAAGACCAAUGAACAUUUCUGGUUGAAUGAGGGCUUCACUACAUAUGCAGAGCGGAGGAUUGUGGAGGCUGUGCAAGGAGAGAAAAGAGCUACGUUGAAUAUUGGAAUUGGAUGGAGGGGUUUAAAUGAGGAAAUGGAGAGGUUCAAGGACAAUAUGGAAUUUACAAAACUAAAAACAAAUCAGGAAGGAAUUGACCCAGAUGAUGUGUAUUCUGAGGUCCCAUAUGAGAAAGGUUUCCAGUUCUUGUGGCGCAUCGAACGGCAGGUUGGGAGACCUGCAUUUGAUGAGUUUCUGAAGAAAUAUAUUGCUACUUUCAAGUUCAAAUCAAUUGAUACUGAAACAUUCAUUGACUUCCUUAAAGCAAACAUCCCUGGCAUAGAGAACCAGAUUGACUUGGUACUAUGGACAGAAGGUACUGGAAUCCCGUCUGACGCCUAUGAACCUGAUUCCAGUGCAUAUAAAUUGAUUAUAUCUCUGGCAAAUGAGUCCAUAAAUGGAAGGAUGCCACGGGAGGAUGAAGUUGCUGAUUGGCAUGGUCAGGAGUGGGAGCUCUACUUGGACAACUUGCCAAAAUCCUUUGAAGUUUCUCAGAUCCAAGCCUUGGAUUCGCGCUACAAGCUAUCCGAAUCAAAAGAUUAUGAGGUGAAGGUGUCGUUUCUGAAACGGGCUAUAUCAUGUGGAUGUAAAGCUUACUACAGUGAAGUGGAGAAAACCUUAAAAGGAGUUGGGAGGAUGAAGUAUCUCCGUCCACUUUACACUGCUCUGGUGAAAGGCGGUGCAAAGGAAGAUGAUAAAGUAUUUGCCAAAAGAAUUUUUUCAGAGGCUCGUGAGAGUUACCAUCCAAUUGCUCAAGGUGUUGUUGAGGCCAUAUUUGCCAAGCAUCUGUAGAAGAAGAAAAAUGUUUCUCAGAAUGCUUUCUGUAUCUGAACAUCAACAUGUUCGUCUGUUUUCUGCUGUUUUGAGUAUGCUCCUUUCUAAUGAAUAGUUGAUAUAUGGUUUGCUUUUAUUCUGAAAUGAGAAGAUAUUUCAUAA